AUGGACAUCGAAGCCAAAGGUCCUGUUGCCCCGGCCGAUGUCGCACGCACCGCCGAUCACGACACCAAGAUGCCUCCUCCUUCGCGGUGGGAAGGGCUGCGAAGGGUGCCGGACAAGAUGCCCAAGAUCGCUUUGCUGAUCCUAGUUGUUGAGUUCGGCGAGAGGUUCACAUACUUUGGGUUGAGUGGUCCUAUCCAAAAUUACAUUAACAACCCAUAUGAUCCUUCGUCUGAUCUUCCUGGAGCGCUUGGAAAGGGGCAGGCGACUGCCACUGCCCUAGGAAACUUCUUCAAAUUCUGGGCAUACGCCUCCACUGUGAUUGGUGCCAUUAUUGCAGAUCAAUAUCUUGGAAAGUACAAGGCAAUUCUAUGUGCAUGCUCGAUUUAUAUCAUCGGCCUCGUCAUCCUUGUAGCUACAGCAACUCCUGCCGCUAUCACGCAUGAUGCUGGGCUUGGUGGCCUCAUUGCUGCCAUGAUCACAAUUGGACUCGGGACGGGAGGCAUCAAGGCGAAUGUGACGCCGAUGUGUGCCGAACAAUAUAACAACGCACAUCCAGUGCUCAAGACUCUUAAGUCUGGUGGAGAAGUCAUCGUCGACCCUGAAUUGACAGUCCAGAGACUAUUCAUGUGGUUCUACUGGGUCGUCAACGUCGGUGCGCUAUCACCCUUGAUCACUGUCAACGUGGAAGCCCACCACUCUUUUUGGCUUGCAUAUCUUAUCCCGCUGAUUGCAAUUCUUAUUUCCGCCAUAAUCUUCUUUGCCGGCCGCAAUCAGUAUAUAAAAAUGCCACCUAUGGGCUCCGCGAUUCUUGAUGCCUUCCGGACCACAAGAAUCGCGAUCAAGGAGCAUGGCUGGGAGAAUGCCAGACCCACGUCUCUCAGAGAGCGUGGCCACGCCGAAAAGUAUCCAAUCACCAGCCAGGAGAGGUACACGGAUCAGUAUGUGGGCAAUGUCCGUACCGGUCUCAAAAGCUGCAAGAUGUUCCUUUUCUUCCCCUUCUACUUUAUAUGCUGGAACCAGAUGUGGAACAACCUGAUCUCACAAGCUGGUACCAUGGCACUUCAUGGCACGCCCAACGACCUCCUCCAGAAUCUCGACCCGAUCGCUCUGUGCAUUUUCAUACCGCUUCUCGAUAUCGUCGUGUAUCCCCUGCUCCGCAAAUUCAAGAUCGAUUUCGACCCUGUAAGCCGCAUCUUCAUGGGUUUUAUGUUCGCUUCAUUCUCCAUGGUGUAUGCGUGUGUGUUGCAAUACUUCAUCUACAAAUCGGCGCCCAACAGCAUCCACGUGUGGAUCCAGGCGCCGAGUUACGUCCUCGUGGCUUUUUCGGAGGCCUUUGUCAUCAUCACUGGCUUGGAACUUGCCUUUACACAGGCGCCGAAGAAGAUCAAACAAGCCUCCGUUCUGUGA